AUUUAAUUCUCAAAAGUAAUCGCCAUUCAGAUGAGGUUAAUGUGUCGUCGCGCACACUUGCAAGUGUCGCAGACCAAGUGUUUGACAUGCGAGUCAUCACGCGAAAGUCGUUACUACGACAUCAUGACCCCACACUUUACAAAUGCCUCGGCGCUUUCAAAGCUGACUGAAUUCAAGUAUAGAUUUGCGGGGAAAAUGUAAUCACGUCGGCCCUUAGCGGGGUGGAUCUUCUGUCUAUAUUUCCUGACUUUUUGCGAUCUUCUCUGCUCUUCUCCGUGCUUUGAUUGAGGAGAUUCAGCGAGACACAAUAUCACCAUGGCUGAUCCUAAGAACAAUGCGAAUUCACGAUUAACGCAGAUCACCGACUUCUUGACCAUGAACAAGACUGCGAACACGAUCCCGUGGGAUCCGGAUUCCACUAAAUUUCCCACCAGGCAAGAGCUCCCAGAUAUCCCCGGAGCACCCAAGGAAGCUGCAUGGACCUGGGGCCCGGAUGACAAUAUCGGUCGACUGAACCUUCUCACGCCCACACGCGUAGCUGCCGCAGCUAAAGAGAUUCGAUCCGGUGAAAUCGUCCCCGUCAACCUUCCGCUGAACGUUCCCGGCCAGCCCGCCUUCGGCCGUGAGGUGUUUAAGCAUGAAAUCAAGACUGUAGUCGAAGGAAUCGUAUACGAUGACCUCUACCACAUGAACACACAAUCCGGCACGCAGUGGGACGGGUUCCGACACUUCGCCCAUAUCCCCACAGGAUCCUUCUAUAACGGCACCAAAGGCUCCGACAUAGCCGGCCCGGCCGCAAACCACAAAUGUUCUAUCCACCACUGGGCCGAGCAUGGUGUUGCAGGGCGUGGUGUGCUGCUUGAUUACAGGGGAUAUGCGCAUAAGAAGGGUAUCAACUAUGAUCCGUACGACUACUACCCGAUCUCAUGGGAGGAACUUUACCAGUGUGGAAAGGAUCAAGGGAUUGACAUCAGACCUGCGGCGCAGGGUGGUGAUAUCAAGAUCGGUGACCUAUUGUUUAUUCGAUCGGGCUGGAAAGAGGCUUACGAUAGUAAGUCGGACGAGGACAGGACGAAGGCUGCGACGAGACAUGGGCCAAAUGGGGAUCCCGAUAUGCGGUUCGCGGGCGUCAGCCAGGAACAGAAGAUCCUGGAUUGGCUGCAUGACUGCUAUUUUGCGAGUGUGGCGGGCGACGCGCCUGCGUUUGAGGCGUGGCCUACGCAUGAAGAUUACCAUCUACAUGAAUACAUUUUGGCGUUAUGGGGAAUGCCGCUUGGUGAGAUGUUAGAUUUGGAGAAGUUGGCACUGACUUGUAGGGAGAAGAACAGGUGGUUCUUUUUCUUUACCAGUGCACCAGCGAACUGUCCGGGUGGAGUGAGCUCGCACGUCAACGGCACUGCGAUUUUCUAAUAUUGCAGUAUACUAAGAUGAAUCAUAAAUUUCUAC